GCUCCUCCCCGCCGGACAAUGCUCAGACCUUGAAGACCAAACAGCAGACUUUCCUGCACCUCUUGGCAUUUCUUUGUGUCCCUUACUCUGUCACCAUGUAUUUAAGUGAUACAGGGACAACUUUGCUCCUUCUUUUGCUAAGUACCCUACUUAUUGUGUGGUUCUUUAAAAGCAAUCAGCCACAGAAAGUUGGGCUUCCCCCAGGUCCUCCUGCUUUGCCAAUCUUUGGAAACUUGUUCCAAUUGGACAUACGCUCUCCACACAAAUCCCUCAUCAAGCUGAGCGAGCGGUACGGCCCCGUGUUCACCUUCUGGUUCAGCAGCUACCCUGCAGUGGUGGUGUGCGGUGUAGAAGCUGUGAAAGAAGCCUUGAUUGGCCAUGGGCAUGACUUCAGCGGCCGUUAUCUCUUCCCGUUCAUCAAAAUGUUCUCAGAUGAUUAUGGAAUUAUCAGCAGCAAUGGGGAGAGAUGGAAAAAGCUGCGACGAUUCUCUCUCAGCACCAUGAGGGAUUUUGGAAUGGGGAAAAGGAGCAUCGAAGAGAAGAUUCAGGAAGAAGCUCAGUUCCUGGUAACAGCUAUCAGGAAUAAAAAAGAGAACCCAUUUCACCCAGAUUUCUUGUUGCGAUGUGCAACAUCAAAUAUUAUCUGUUCCAUUGUCUUUGGAGAACGGUUUGAGUAUGGAGAUAAGAAGUUCCUGAUGCUGAUGGAGGUCAUUGCUGAAAAUGCCAAGAUUUUAAGCAGCCCAUUUGUGCAGUUAUACAAUAACUUUCCGAAGAUCAUGGAUCUCUUGCCUGGGCCACACCAGAAGAUCCAUCAAAACAUGGCAACUCUGAAAAGUUUUAUGGGUGAGGCUAUUCAAAGUCACAGAGAAAGUUUCCAGAAGGAUUCCCCCAGGGAUUAUAUCGACAGCUUCCUCAGCAAGAUGGAAGAGGAGAAACACAAGCCCGAUUCAGAAUUCUUUCUUGAAAACCUGGUGAUGACGUCAAUAAGUUUAUUUCUGGCUGGGACAGAGACUACCAGUACCACCCUGCGUUGGGCUCUGCAGUUCCUGACAAAAUAUCCAGAGAUUCAGGAGAAAAUUCACCACGAGAUUGAUGAAGUGAUUGGGGCGUCUCGAAGGCCUGCGAUUCAAGAUCGAGCUAGAAUGCCAUUCACAGACGCUGUGAUCCACGAGAUUCAGCGAAACAUUGAUCUCGUUCCCAUGAAUCUCCCACACAUGGCGAUAGAAAAUGUUAAGUUCAGAGGAUACCUGAUUCCCAAGGGCACGUUUGUGCUUCCUGUGCUCUCAUCUGUUCUGAAAGAUGCCAACCACUGGGAGACACCAGAAUUAUUUAACCCCAAUCAUUUCCUUGAUGAGAAAGGAUGCUUCAAAACGAAUGAGGGAUUCAUGGCGUUCUCAGCAGGGAAGAGAAUAUGUCUGGGAGAGUCCUUGGCUCGCAUGGAACUUUUCCUUUUUUUGACUACUCUGCUCCAGAACUUUGUCCUCAAACCUGUUAUCGAUCGCAAGGAUAUCAACACCUCGCCAGUUAGGACUGGUAUUCUGGCUGUACCUCACGUGUACGAAUACUGUGCUGUUUGCCAAUCUGAAUUUUGUGACCCAGUUACAGCUUUUCCUGCUCCUUCCGGAAUCUGCGUUCCUUACUUUGUCACCAUGAGUUUCAGCGAACCAUGGACAACUUUGCUUGUUAUUUCACUGAGUAUCCUGCUGCUGGGGAGGUUCCUUCAAAACAAGCUGCUGCAGAAAGGCAGGCUUCCCCCGGGCCCCCCUGCCCUCCCGAUAGUAGGCAACCUGUUCCAACUGGAUAUGAAAGCAGCCCACAAAUCCCUCAUCAAGCUGAGUGAGCAGUACGGCCCUGUGUUCACCUUCUGGUUCAGCAGCUACCCUGCAGUGGUGGUGUGCGGCGGAGAAGCUGUGAAAGAAGCCUUGAUUGGCCAUGGGCACGACUUCAGCGGCCGUUAUCUCUUCCCGGUCAUCAAAAAAAUCUCAAAUGGCUAUGGAGUUGGCUUCAGCAGUGGGGAGAGAUGGAAACAGCUUCGGAGAUUCACUCUCAGCACCUUGAGGAAUUUUGGAAUGGGGAAAAGGAGCAUCGAAGAAAGGAUUCAGGAAGAAGCCCAGUUUCUUGUUACAGAUUUCAGGAAUAAAAAAGGUGACCCAUUCAGCCCAAACUUUCUGCUGAGAUGUGCAGCCUCAAACAUCAUCUGUUCCAUCACCUUUGGACAACGAUUCGAUUACGAAGAUAAGAACUUUCUCGGGCUGAUGGAGGUGAUUGCAGGAAUUGUCCGCUCUUUAAGCAGCCCCUGGGUACAGUUGUACAAUAACUUCCCGAGCAUCAUGAAUUUUCUGCCUGGACCUCACCAAAAGCUCUUCCAAAGCGUCGCAAAUGUGAAAACUUUUCUGAACAAAACUAUUCAAGGUCACAAAGAAAGUCUCCAGAAGGAUUUCCCCAGGGAUUACAUUGACUGCUUCCUCAUGAAGAUGAAUGAGGACAAAGAUAAGCCUGAUUCAGAAUUCAUUCAAGAAAACUUGCUGCUGUCAACGCUGAAUUUAUUUAUGGCUGGGACUGAAACAACCAGCACAACACUGCACUGGACCAUCCAGAUCCUGGCAAAGUAUCCAGAAGUUCAAGAGAAAAUUCAUCGCGAGAUUGAUGAGGUGAUUGGAUCUAAUCGAAGACCUGCAAUUGAGGAUCGAGCAAAAAUGCCAUACACUGAUGCUGUCAUACAUGAGGUUCAGCGAUAUAUUGACAUUGUUCCCAUGAAUCUUCCACACAUGGCAACAAGGGAUGUGGAAUUCCGAGGACAUUUGGUACCCAAGGGCACGUUUGUGAUUCCUGUACUCUCCUCUGUCCUGAAAGAUAGCAGCCACUGGGAGACACCAGAAUCGUUUAAUCCAAACCAUUUCCUUGAUGAAAAUGGAUGCUUCAAAAGGAGUGAAAAUUUCCUGGCAUUCUCUGCAGGGAAGAGAAUGUGUCUGGGAGAAUCCUUGGCUCGCACGGAACUUUUCCUCUUUUUGACCACUCUGCUGCAGAACUUUGUCUUCAAACCUGUUAUUGAUUGCAAGGAUAUCGAUAUCUCACCAGUUGCAAGUGGUAUUCUGGUUGUUCCCCACGUGUACGAAUUCUGUGCUGUUUCUCGCUAAAUCACUUGGAACAUCUCAUGAAGUUUUAGCACUUGAUGUUAAAAAUUAUUUGAUUUCUUGUCCACCUUUAACAUUGUUUAUUUCACAUUUACUCAUUCUGGCUACAGUCUGAGCUUCACUAUCCAGAAUUAGUGCCUUUUAACAAUGAUUAUUAGUUGUAAAUGUACCUAACAAAGGUGUUCAAGUGUCAAUGUAAUUGCAUAUCUUGACUGAUUUUAUUACUGACAAUUUUAUUAGAUUCCUCUUCAAUUUUUCUUAAUCUUCUCUAGGUGCUGCUUGAUGCUGAAAGUAAAAUCCACAUUUUGUUUACUCCUUGAUUCAAUUCCUCUGAUGCCUCAUCGCUCCCAAGAUGGAAGUCAAUUCAUUCUUAUAACAACUUGAGCCAACAGUGGGAUCACUUGUCACAUACCUAAUGAGUGCAGCUCCUAUACAAGAGGUUUGAUUCCAUCUUCAGAGGAUGAUUCAGUUUAGUGUUCUUCUAUAUGGCUGCUUCAAGCCAAAGGAGCCAUAUAUUCAGAUGGUCAUAGGGGAGGUGGAGGGAGGAUAGGGAACUAAGUUGUGGGAACCUGGGUACAUGUAGUGGUGAAACAGCUUGACAUCUAAACUUGAAAUGUGUUCCAGUCAGGCUCAUAGAACACAGGUCCAGACCCUCAGACUGGAGAUACAAGAGAUUCUGCAGAUGCUCGAAUCUGGAGCAAUGCACACAAAAUGCUGGAGGAACUCAGCAUUUCAGGCAGCAUCUGUGGAGGGAAAUAAACUGUCGACGUUUCGGGGCGAAACCCUUCAUCAGAGCUGGUGUUCUGAGGUGAAGAGGCAGCAGACCACAUAAGAUUGCCUAGGAGGUGAAUUUCACCACAUUUUGGUAUAUUAAAUGGGUGCUGAAUUUAGGACCAACACUCAGUUUGUUCAUCUGAAAACAAAAAUUGGCCAAAAGCCAUCUUUAUUAAGAAAAAGACUGUAAGGAUGACUUGUACAGAGAGUCAUGUCUUAAAAGGGGACCAGAAUCCCUGAAUUGCCAUUUGUUCUCCAAUUCCAGGGGGCCAUCAACCCUUAAAGGCACACUCCCCAUGCAGUCAGACUGCAACUGUUUCUAUUCUCAGCUGCUGAGAGUUUCCAGCAUUUUUCAUUAUUUUAGAUUUACAUUAUCUGCACACACACACACACACACACACACACACUCCUCCAAUACCUCCUAUUGCAACCCAUUAAUGUUGUAAACCCUCCACCACCCACACACUCCAGGCUUGAAUGCGACAUGAAUGAAAAGUGUACUCAAUAUUCUUCAUCUUCACCAUUCGGUAAAUGUAAGUUUGCUCUCCAUGAAGAGAUGAAGCAGAAACAGCACCAAGUGUCGCUGUAGGAUGGGGAGGGGCACCUCAGAAACUGGCUGUGUAAGAAAUGAGCAGAUUUGAUCAAAGGGGUGGGUAUCACAGGGCCCAGUAAGCUGCAGUCUGGCACCAAGUCUAGGGAACCUGAUGGGCACUCUACGGUAUGUUCCACACACAUAUAUUGCCACAGAGCUUCAGAUGAGGACCACAGUUGAGAUGUGGUCCUCAUCUGAAGCUUUGUAGCAAGACGUGGGAUUAGGUGACUAUAGUGAUGGUUCAUGAAGAUUGAGUUACUUGAGACCUGAGUUAAACUCUGUCCUUUCAAAUCACGAACAAAGCAACAAGUAUGGUAAAACUGAUAAUUUGCUUACCCAUUAUUUGGAAAUCCCAAUAGUUUGGCAAUUGGCACCAGGCUCAGUUCCCACACUCACUUUAAACAAUCUGGGGCCCUGUUCCUAUGCUCCUUUUAAACUCACAAAGUGCUGGAGGAACUCAGCAACACACACAAAAUACUGGAGGAACUCAGCAGGUCAGGCAGCAUCUAUGGAGGGAAACAAAACAGUUGACAUUUCUGGUUGAGACCCUUCAUCAGGACUGGAAGAGGGCAAAACCCAGAAUAAGAAGGCCAGGGGAGGGGGAGGAGCACAGGCUGGCAGGUGAUAGGUGAGUCCAGGUGAGAGGGGGAAGGUAGGUGGGUGGGGGAGGGAGGAUGAAAGGGAGUGAUGUAAUGAGCUGAGAGGUGAUAGGU